AUGCUUAAUGAUCAACAUCUCUGGUCAGUAGGCUUAUUCGCCUACGCCGGCCUUACUGAUCUCCUCGAUGGCUAUAUCGCUAGGCGGUGGAACAAAAGAACGGUUGUGGGCACCAUUAUCGAUCCCAUGGCGGAUAAGACCCUUAUGACUAUCCUAACUGUCUGCCUCGCCAUCAAGGGCGGCUUGCCAGUUUCCGCCAUUUACUACCGCUGGAUAUCCUUGCCAGAACCCAAGACGUUUUCUAGAUACUGGGACUUUUCCCUACCCUCGGCAGAGGUCAGGCCCACAACUAUCAGCAAGUAUAAUACGGCGCUUCAACUCCUCCUCGUCGGCCUCGCGACGGCCAACCCGGUUAUCCCGGCUGACAUAUCAUCGGUGCUUUCCGUUCUUCAUUACGUUGUUGCUACGACGACAAUAUGGAGCGGUGCGAGUUACAUAUAUACUAAAGAUGCCGUCAAACUCCUCCACCAAACCAGCAAAGAUGGAAAGAGCCAGUAA